AUGUCGGAAGAAAAUACUGAACAAAAUGACUCAAAUCUAAAUAUAAAUCAUCAUGAAUCAAAUAGUAACAGUAAUCAUAAUAAUAAUGAAAAUACAAUUAAAACUCAAGAUAAUCAAUGGAUUAAUGAAUUGCGGUUAGCACUUGAAAAAGGAUGUGAUUUAGGAUCGAUUCGUAAUAUUGGCAAAUGUCGUCCACUUACAGAUGAUUUGAGAUUACGUGUUUGGGAAACAUGCCUUGAUAUCAAUGAAAGCAAUAGUGAAUAUAAAUAUACUGAUAGUAAUGUCUUUGAUUUACCUGAACAAAAUGUAAUACGUGAUGAUGUUUCACGUUUAGUGCAUACAUCACAAAUAAAUCAAGAUAUGUUAACAUCAAAAAUGACUGAUAUUGAAGCAGUUAUUACGCAUUAUUGUAAAAAAAGUAAUGAAACAUAUGAAAAAGGAAAUGGAUGGAUUGAAAUAUUUAAACCAUUGAUUACUCUUGAAUAUAAAGAUCGUUCUGAACUUUAUGCAUUAUUUGCUAGUAUUCGUAAUCGUUACAUACCACGUGAUUGUGAAGCUGAUGGAAUGCCUUAUCAUUUAUUUCGAUUAUUAUUACUUUAUCAUGACCCAGAAUUGUGUAGGUUUUUUGAUACAAGAAAAAUUACACCAGAUUUAUAUGCACAUAUUUGGAUCCGAAGUUUAUAUGCUGGAUCAUGUUCAUUAAAUAUUACUUUACCACUUUGGGAUGGAUAUUUUCAACAUGCUGAUCAAUUUUUUGCUUUUUUUCUCGCUCUAGUUUUGCUUAUGUUUGCUAAAGAACAGGUGUUAGACAUGGCUGAUAAAGAAAAAAAUGAAAUUAUUAAUUUUCUAUCAAAAGCACCAUCAAAUCUAACUGUUGAUGAUCUAGAUGAUUUUUGUUCAUUAGCUAAUCAUUAUGCUUCCAAUACACCUCAAUCAUUCCGCAAAGAAUUCUACACAUGUUUAUUCAGUGAAACAGAUCGAUCAUUUUCUCAAAAAGCUUAUUCAAUUUAUCAAGCAUUAUGUCUACCUGUUUCCGUUCAAGAAUUACUUCAAGCAAAUCAAUUAGGCGGAACGGCAGGUGUCAGAUAUUUUAUUGUUGAUUGUCGACCAGCUGAACAAUAUAAUUCCAAACAUCUUUAUACAGCAUUUCAUCUUGAUGCAAAUCUUUUACUCGAAGAUCCAAAAGAAUUCGCUGGAUCUGUCGAUGCUCUUUUUGCUACAAAACAACGUGCAAUUGAUGCUGGUUCAACAGCAGGUGGUGAACAUCUAUGUUUUAUAGGUUCAGGUCAUGAAGAAGAAGAUAAAUAUGUACGUAUGGUUGUAGCCUAUUUUUUACGACGAAAUACAAAAUAUGUUAGUAUUGCUUCUGGUGGUUAUGAAAUGCUUGCUAAAGCUAUCGAAGAUCCAUCAAUGUUAAUUCAACCACAACAACAUAAAAUCUCAACAGCAAUACAUGAUUCACUAUCCAUUGGAUCAACACUUAAAAAUAAUAUUGUAGAAAAAAUACCUACAAUUAAUACACAGACGGCUUCAUUCAUCAAUAUGAUUUCAAGUGCAGUUAAAACAAAAUCUAUUGAAGUUAAAGAGAAAGUUAAAGAUUAUAUAAAUUAUACAUCAUUAACUGAUUCAUCUCAUUCAAUACCUAAACAUGUAAGUAAACAAGAUAAAGUCAGUAAUCUUUAUCGACAAAAUCAACCAUCAGUUUUUUCACUCGAUGAAGAAGAAGAUGAUGAUGAAACAACAUCAUCUUUUCGACACCAUGAAACAUCUGAACUUGUUGAUAUUGAAUCAUGGUUUCUACGUAGUGAUCUAUUACAUAAAUAUGAAUGUGAACAUUUCGAUGAAAAUGAUACAACAUAUCCAAGUCUUUUAUUAGUAUCAUCAACACAUUUAUAUAUAUUACGAAAAUUACCUGAACAUAAAACAAUGGCUAAUCUUGUUUCACGUCGUCCAUUAAAUACAAUAUCAAAAAUAACAAGUAAAAAAAAUUUUCCUGAAAUCAUUACAUUUCGUUAUGCAUCAAAUCAAGCCGAAGAUGAAGAAGAAGAAAAAUCUACAAAAUCGAAUAUAAAAAAUGCUAAAGCAAAAAUUCCAAUUGAUUGUGAUAAAGUUUAUUUACCAGAUGCAGGUGAUGCUAUAAAAAGUAUCAAAAUAUUAAUUAUGAAAGAAUUAAAUAUGUUUGAAAUCUCGAAUGAAAAUUGA